UCUGACUGUUGUUCCUCAGGCGUCUUCACUCUGAUCGCUGUGUCGUGGUACGCAGCCAGAGUCAUCCACGACUUCUACGACCCGCUGUACGGAGGAGUCAGGUUCGAGCUGGGCACUGGUUUGUAUCUGGGCUGGGCCGCGUCCUCUCUCGCCGUCCUCGGAGGAUCGCUGCUCUGCUGCUCCUGCAAGAGGACGUCGUCUGCCCCCCCCACAGGACACUUUUCAUACAACUUCUCCAAGACGAGUGGAGGACAGAGCAUCUACCGAGCGGCCCCGGCCUCCGACACCAGCAGCUCUAAAGCCUACGUCUGAAACCGCUGCGUCCUGUUUGAUGAGUGGUCGCCGUGACAACGCAGGGAAACACCUCAGCAUCAGAAACCUUUUUUUUCUUUUCCUGUGAAAUGCUCCGAUCCGUCAACUUCUGUCGGAUCUUUUAGUCUCAUCAACAUAAAAACACAGAAGCAGCUGAUUGUCUGUUAAAUGUUGUAAAUAAAAUGUUUCCUGA